CUCCCUUCCCCUUUCACUCAUACCUCUCUUUCAUUCUCCUCCUCCACCGCUCUCCAUCCGCGAAAGGCGCUCCACUUUCAUUCGACAUCGUUGAUCUGAUCGAAGGGUCAACUUUAAUCAGGGGCUCAGUGGUGUCACCAUAGUUAUUUUUAUUGGAAGUGAUUGUAACCCAAGUAUCUAAUUGGUAUUGACCAGACAUUGCCUUGUUGCAGCUAUUAGUUUAUGCAAUUUCUCUUAUCUUCAUUACCUUUUUUAUUUUAAGUAAUGGAGGAUGCAAUGUUAAAGUUCUCUCUACCGGAAAAUAUCCUUCAGCCAUUAUUCUCUGUUUCAAACUCAUCCACCCUGGAUGAGACACUAGAACUUCUUAUAGAAGCUUCAAAGACCCCUGGUGGUCGCCUGGACCUGGGUUCCAAGAAUAUCCUUCCAGUUGUCCUUCAGCUUAGUCAAUCCCUCUCUUAUCCUUCAGGUCAUGAUAUUCUAUUGCUGUCUUUAAAGCUUCUCAGAAACCUAUGUGCGGGAGAAAUGACAAAUCAAAAUUUGUUUAUUGAACAGAAUGGAGUCAAAGCAGUUUCAACUAUUUUGUUGAGCUUUGUAGGGCUUGAUUCUGAUUCAGAUUAUGGGAUUAUCCGCAUGGGGUUACAGCUUUUGGGAAAUGUUUCAUUGGCUGGAGAAAGACAUCAGCGUGCUGUUUGGCAUCACUUCUUUCCAGCUGGGUUUCUUGAGAUUGCAAGAGUCCGGACACUGGAAACUAGUGAUCCAUUGUGUAUGGUUAUAUAUACUUGUUUUGAUCAGAGUCAUGAAUUCGUUACAGAGAUCUGCGGAGAUCAAGGAUUGCCUAUUCUGGCAGAAAUUGUACGAACUGCUUCAACAGUUGGUUUUGAAGAAGAUUGGCUGAAGUUGCUUCUUUCCAGAAUUUGUUUAGAAGAAUCCCAUUUUCCUAUGUUGUUCUCUAAAUUAUGCCCAGUUGGUACUUCUGGCAAUUAUGAAAAUAUAGAAUUUAAAGUCGAUGUUUUUGCAUCAGAACAAGCAUUUCUUAUGGAUAUUGUGGCAGAGAUCUUAAAUGAGCAAAUCAAUAGGAUGACUGUAUCCAGUGAUGUUGCAUUGUGUGUUCUUGGAAUAUUGAAGAAAUCUGCUGGGGUUCUUGAUUCUGUCUCUACAUGCAAAUCUGGAUUUUCUGCAGGAUCCAAUGCUAUUAAUGUUCUUAAAUAUUCACUCACCAUUUUGAAAGAGAUCUGUGCUCGGGAUGGUCAGAAAAGCUCUAAUGAGCAUGGAUCAGUGGAUGUUGUUGACUUGCUUGUAUCAUCGGGGCUUUUAGAACUGCUUUUAUGUUUGCUUCGUGACCUUGAACCUCCUGCAAUAAUUAGGAAAGCCAUCAAACAAGGUGAGAACCAAGAUGGAGCAGCUUCUUAUUCACCCAAGCACUAUCCUUACAGAGGGUUUCGGAGGGAUCUUGUUGCUGUCAUUGGCAAUUGUGCAUACGGAAGGAGGCAUGUACAAAAUGAAAUCAGAGAGAGGAAUGGAAUACUUUUACUAUUACAACAGUGUGUAACUGAUGAAGAGAAUCAAUUUUUGAGGGAAUGGGGCAUAUGGUGUGUAAGGAAUUUAUUAGAAGGCAAUAUAGAGAACCAACGGGUGGUAGCUGAAUUGGAGCUUCAGGGAUCUGUUGAUGUGCCUGAAAUUGCUGGACUUGGUCUCCGAGUUGAAGUGGAUCAGAAAACUGGACGUGCAAAGCUUGUAAAUGUUUCAUAAAGGUGUCCAAAGCUUGAAGAGAACUUGUCCUGGCUGGAGCUGAUUAUAGGAUUCAUCUGGAUAUUUUAUCUUGUGUCAUGCUUGAAUCUUGUUGUCCAUUUAUAGAUCCUUGAUCAGAAGGAUUUUGCCAAUGGGGGAUCAUGCAGAUAUCUUUCAAGUGGUGCUAUUCUUUGCUCAUUUUCCAGUUGUGAGAAAAACUGGAUGACGGUAUUGGAAGAGCAAAAAGGAAAAUCUAGAGCAGUUGAUAGGACUCUUGCCAAGCUUAUUGUAGUAGUUGAACUUUGUGGCAUGUGGACUGUUUACCGUGGAUUAUAAGUCUUAAUAGAUUAGUACGUACUGGAAACUUGAAAACAGAUAAAAUUUAGUGAAGGCGAGGAGUGAUUGUAUUUUUAGUGGUGAUAGUGUGAUAUUCAAUGUAUGUAAACCAAGCUCAUUGAUUAACAAAUAUUUAGCUCA